AUGCUCCCCUUCCUAGUAGCAAGCUUCCUCAAGGACAGGAUCCUGAACAAAACCUUCUUCGUCUGCAUCUUCACCCUCAUCUCCCUGAUCAUCUACCUCUUCGUCCUCCUCGGCUGCAUAAGCACAGGUGCUGGCAUCGAGAGUCUGUAUUGGGUUAUGAUAUCGCAGAAUGGGACUGCUGGACAGCCACCUGUUGCAGUGCGGAUAGGGCCUCUGUGCAUCCUUUCCACCAAACACCACGGCGCCAAGCGAUAA